GGCUUGAGGGGAGGGCAGGGCAGUCUGGCGCCUGGGAGCUUGGAGGGGAAGGACACCACUGGGGUGAUUCUGCAGAAUCAGCAGGGGAGGGGGGCAGAGCUUCCAGGAUGGUCAGGCCCUACGUAGGGCCAUAUAAGUCCGGGGUAUCUCAGCUUCGCUUCCUAUCCCUACUGGCCCACCGGACAGCCCCGUUGGAGUCCGCGGCAGGGAGGAGCAUUGGAGCAUAAAGGAAGAAGAUAUGAAUUGUGACAAGGUCCACUUUUUCACAGACAACCAGAGUGUCUCCCUGCAGCCCAGAGGGCUGGACUCUGCGGCAGGGGCUCCUGCAGCCCCCAGGAGGCCAAGGCUUGUUCAGACCACCCUGGCGGUUAUGGCUGUGACUGUUGCCUCCUUGCUGGUGGUUCUCUUUGUUAUGGUUCUACAGAAGCCAAGACUUCCUUUGGAGCCAUAUGACUCUUUCCAAGAGUUUUCCGCCAUGAUUGCCGGAGAGGACAACACCACCAGCCAGUUACCUGUGGAACCCUACAAUUCCCACCACUCUGGCAGGGUGGCAGAGUGGCAAGAGACUAUCCAGAUGUUUAAAAGCCACGUGGAGAAUUCCAGCACCUGGAGCAUGGAGAUGCAGACGUUGACUUGUAGAGUGGACAAUGUCAGUUCUCAGAUCCAGGUGCUCGGUGGUCAUCUGGAAAAUGCCAGUGCUGACAUCCAGAUGGUAAAAGGAGUUCUACAGGUUGCCAAUACCUUGACUUUCCAGACCCAGAUGUUAAGGAGUUCCGUGGAAGGUGCCAGUGCUGAGAUCCGGAAGCUAAAAGGAGAUCUGGAAAAGGCAAAUGCUUUAAAUUCCCAGACCUACAGUUUCUUAAAAAGCAGUUUAGAAAAUGCCAGCAUUGAUCUCCACAUGUUGAAUGGAGGCUUAGAAAAUGCCAACACUGAAAUUCAGAUAUUGAAGGCAGGGUUGGAAAUGGCAAAUGCCCAGGCCCAGCUGGCAAACAGUAGCUUAAAGAAUGCUAAUGCUCAGAUCCAUGUUUUGAGAGGCCAGUUGGAUAGUGUCCAUGAUUUAAGGGCCCAAAAUCAGGUUUUAAGAAGCAGUUUGGAAGGAGCCAAUGCUGAGAUCCAGAGGGUAAAGGGAAGCCUGCAAAAUGCAAAUGCUUUAAACUCCCAGACCCAGACUUUUCUGAAAGGCCAUUUAGACAAUGCCAGCUCUGAAAUCCAGUUAUUAAGAGAUCAUUUCAAAAGGGCAGGUGAUGAGAUUCACUCGUUAAAAAGAGAUUUAGAGACUGUCACUGCCCAGACCCAAGAAGCAAGCCACCAUCUAGAGCAGACAGAUGCUCAGAUCCAGUUAUUAAAAACAGAGCUAGAAAAUUCCAAUGCCUUAGAUUCCAAGAUUCAGGUGUUAAAUGGUUAUUUGAAAAAUGCCAGCAGAGAGAUACAGACCCUAAAACAAGGAAUGAAGGCUGCUUCAGCCUUAGAUUCCAAGACCCAGAUGUUAGAGAGCAAUCUGCAGAAGGCCAGUGCUGAGAUCCAGAGGUUAAAAGGGGAUCUACAGGACACCAAAACACUAACGACGAGAAUCCAGGAGGAGCAGAGUCGCCUGGAGACACUCCGUGUGGCCUUUGGUUCCCAGGAGCAGCUACAGAGGACACAAAAUCAACUUCUUCAGCUGAUCCUGCAAGGCUGGAAUGCCUACAGUGGGAGCUUGUAUUACUUUUCUCAUGUCAAGAAGUCUUGGCAUGAGGCUGAGCAGUUCUGUGUGUCCCAGGGAGCCCACCUGGCUUCAGUGACUUCUGAGGAGGAGCAGGAAUUUCUGGUAAAGUUCACGAGUACCUCUCACCACUGGAUUGGCCUCACUGACAGGGGCAAGGAGGGCUUCUGGCGCUGGGUGGACGGGACACCAUUCAAUGCUUUCCGGAGCAGAGUGUUUUGGGGCACAAAUCAGCCAGACAACUGGCGGCACCAGGAUGGGCAGACAGAAGACUGUGUCCAUAUUGAGCAGAAGUGGAAUGACAUGCACUGUGACACCCCCUAUCACUGGGUCUGUAAGAAGCCCAUCAACCAGCAUGUGGCCUGAGACAGGCCAGAUCUGAAACGUGGCCGCUGCUGCCAGCUCUGGACCCACCCUACCACCCCUCCCCCGCCGACCUGAUGCCUUGUGAACCUCUGAACCCAGCUUGUUCUCUGGGGCUUUCCAUUUGGCCUUUUGUGUUUCCUGCUCUGUCCUUUCAUGUAACCCUUCAAACAUAUUUACCCCACAUGACCCAAUGGGAUCAAGGGCUCUUCAGGACCAGAGGCUUGUUGUGCUUCUGUAUCCCCCUCAGCAACCGGCACAGGCCUGUCAGACAGCGGGUCCUCAAUAAAUACUGAACGCACAAAAGCGUUGUGCUUGUCUCU